UUAAUGCAUAUCUUAAUGCAAUUCAGAUUGCCAGAGGCAGAACGACGAGGCUAUAAGAAUGUAUUUGAUGCACUUAUUAGGAUUACAAGAGAAGAAGGUGUUUUAACUUUAUGGAGAGGAUGUCUUCCAACUGUUGGGAGAGCAAUGGUUGUUAAUGCUGCUCAGUUAGCUUCCUAUUCUCAAGCAAAACAAUUGCUUAUGUCGACAGGUUAUUUUAAAGACAACAUUAUGUGCCAUUUUGCCUCUAGUAUGAUCAGCGGUUUAAUAACUACUGCUGCUUCAAUGCCUGUUGAUAUUGCCAAAACCAGGAUACAAAAUAUGAAAAUGAUUGAUGGUGUUCCUGAAUAUCGAGGAGCAGCUGACGUUCUAAUAAAGGUUAUAAAGAAUGAAGGAUUUUUCAGCUUGUGGAAAGGAUUCACUCCAUAUUAUGCUAGACUUGGCCCUCACACAGUCCUUACUUUCAUAUUUUUAGAGCAAAUGAAUCAGUAUUAUAAGUUCUAUGUUUUGGGAGAUACAACAUCUGGUGGGGGUGGACUUUAAUUUAAGAGAAUUUUUAUGAUAUUAUGUAUAUUUUCCUAUGAUUUGUAUUAUCUUAUUUACAGAUUUGAAAAGCAUAGGGAAAUAAAAGCCUUUCAAUCAAAAUGAAAAUUCAUGAAACUAUUUUUAUGUAGUUCUACUUAGGAAUGAUGUUCAAAAUUGGUAUAUUGUAAAUAUAUGAUCAAAAACCUAAAUUGUUUAAUAAUAUGUGUGUCAUAUGUCAGUUGUUAUAUGUUUUGAAAAAAUUAAUAUAAACUGUAAAUUGUACUAUCGAAUGGAUUAAUUUACUUGUUAAUAUAUGAAUGAAAGUGCUUUGUGUAAUGCUUUUUUGUUAAAAAAUUUAUAACACAAAUUUGAAAUUUUAUGUGUUAAGUAGUCAAGACAAUUAUUAUAAGGAGAAACUAUUUUAAAUUGCAUACAUAUAUUGUAAAAUAGUUUGUGUAAUUAAUAUGUCAACUAACUCUUUGCAUGAUGGUUUAUUGUAAGAGCUUUAAAUCAUUUCCUUAAGUUUACUACAGUUUAAUCUGUGAAAAAAACAACUUUUAAUUUGCAUUUGGGCAAUAAUUAUUCAUUGUUAAAAAAGGGCAAAAUGUUGUUUAAAUAGAUUAGAUGAAGCAUCUAUGAUUUAAAAAAAAACUGUGAUUAAGAUAUUAUUGAUGAAAGAGGGAAACCAAGUUGUUAAGCCUUAAAAAUUGUAACAAAUUUAAUAUUUAAUACAGCAAGUAAAAUUAACUAAAAAUUAAAUAUACGUAAUCAUGGCUAUCGUGUAUAUCAUAUAUCAUUUAUAGGCAACUAAUGAAUUUAUUUCUUUUGAGGAACAAAUUUUAAUCAGUUCUUUAAAAAUUAAUUUGAAUAUUUACUAUUUUGUGAAACUGCCAUUUCCACAUUAUCUCAUUUAAUUUAUAUUUGCUAAAAAUAGUAUGUGCCUUAUUUUAAAACUUAAUGGCGAUGCUUUUUCAGAACUGUUUCUGAGGUUUUGUAUUUUUACAAAGUGUGUCGCCUUGAUUUAUUUUAUAAUUUAGAAUAAUAUUUAUUCAUUUAUCACUAACUUGAGCUUAAAUAUUGAAAUAAAUGUCAACUAUUUUAAAUGGUAGUUCAAGUCAGAGAGCUGGUAUUCUUCAAUCAAUCAAGUAUUCUUUUAGAAUGCAUUAAAAAAAUAAGUAGAAUUUAUUUUAGUUAUAUUUAAAAAGUAUUUUCAAUAGUGUUUUAAUUAAAAGUUUUUGUUUUUUGCCUCUGAUAAUUUCUUUAUGUAUUUCAAGGUAUAUAAAGAAUCUGUUAUUUUCUCAUUACUUUAAAUGUAAUAUUUACUCCUACGUUUGCAAAAAUUGAUGAACAUCUGCAUUUAAUUGUGUAAAGUAGGGUAGUAAACUGAAACUAAAAACUAGUCCAAGCAGAAUUUUUUAUGGGUAGCCUAGUUUAUCUAAUUAUCACAUUUUGAAAUUAUGUUGAUCAAAUCAAGCACAAUUAUUUGUAUAAAAUUUUAGAGAAAUGUUAUUCAUAUGAUUAUAAAUAAAAUUUGUUUUGUUAAAA